AUGAAAUCGGCCUUUCUUCUCUCCCUCGCGGCCGCCGCCCUUGCGGCCACUCCUGCGCAAUGGCGCUCGCAGUCUGUAUACUUUUUACUCACCGAUCGGUUCGCCCGUACAGACAAUUCGACAACUGCUGAGUGCGAUACCAGCGUCAGGCAAUACUGCGGUGGCACAUGGAGGGGGAUUAUCAACCAGGUAGAUGGCAUCCGUUCGUUCCUACUGGACCAAGACUUACGAGAACAGCUGGACUAUAUCCAGGGGAUGGGAUUCACGGCGAUCUGGAUAACACCUGUGACUGCUCAGCUUGAGCAAUACAGUCCAUUCGGACAAGCCUACCAUGGUUACUGGCAGCAGGACAUAUACGCCCUCAACUCCAACUACGGAACGGAGGCCGACCUCAAGGCUCUCGCCGACGCUCUGCAUGACCGAGGCAUGUAUUUGAUGGUCGAUGUGGUUGCUAACCAUAUGGGCUACAACGGAGCUCCUGACUCUGUCGAUUAUAGCGUCUUCAGCCCGUUCAACUCACAGAAGUACUUCCACUCGCCCUGCUUCAUCCAGAACUAUGAGGACCAGGCACAGGUUGAGGCAUGCUGGCUUGGUGACAACUCAGUCCCGCUUCCUGAUCUCGACACCACCCAGACCGACGUUCAAGAUUACUGGUAUGACUGGAUUGAAUCCUUGGUAUUAAACUACACCAGUAAGACGCCCUCCUCUUCGUCAAUUCUGCAAGCUCACAUCGAACAGUCGACGGCCUCCGCGUUGAUACCGCAAAGCACGUCCAGAAGGAAUUCUGGGACGGCUUCAACGACGCAGCUGGCGUCUACUGCGUUGGCGAAAUCUUCGAUGGCGACCCAGAAUACACCUGCCCGUACCAAAAUCACCUCGACGGCGUGCUCAACUACCCGAUCUACUACCCGCUUCUAA